AUGUUAGAAACAUCAUCGAUAAUAAUUUCUCGAAUUAAAAACAAAAAACCUUGUGAAAUAGCAAGAGCGAGUAAUCCACGAAAAAAAGAAAACAAAAAUCGAACCAUUAAUAAUUUACAACAUAUUGCAAGAAUGUUUCGCGAUGGUCAAUAUUUGGAAGUAAUUAAGGCUUCAAAUAAUUGUUUAGUUACGGUUGUUGUUACUGUUCAAGAGAAGACAAUAAAAAUUAAAGAGAAAAACGUUUCAACUAACAAAUGGCUCGAGGUCGAGGACUGGGUGGCACUAUAUAAAAUUUUAGAGAAGGCAAUUUCACGUAAUGUUCAAACAGAAGGGUCGCUCCAGAAUUUUAAAAAAUGCAAAUGCAAGAAAUCUACUCGGCAAUUGGAAGUCACAUAUACAUUUGAACCAUCAGAAAGUAUAAAAGAUGUCACAUCGUUACCCACAAUCAGGGUAAAUGUGUCUCCAGCAAAAAAGAGAUUGGAAAAAUCAGAAUUGCCUAAGGUAGCGACAGAGAAAAAAGAAAUUUUGAAUCAAGUAAUAGAAAAACCAGCUAAGAACACUUUUAAUCAUGCGUGUCAGAAAAAAGACAUAAAAAAUGCUUUACCCAAAAAAUCAGGAAAUGAUGAUUUAGUAACAAUAGAAUUGGUUGAUAUGAAAAAUGAUAGAGUUAAAAGAUGCCUAGCAACUGAUAGCUUAGGAAAUGACAUGUUGGAGGAAUACGUACCAAACGCACCUGUGACGAAAAAGUUAUGCGCAAAUUUGAACUAUAUACCAAGUAGAAAGAGCACAUUGGAACAAACCCAAGGAUUUUCGGAUGAAUAUUCUCCCACAGUAUCGAAUAAUAAGAAUGUAGCGGAUGUAGUUCGAUAUGUUCCAAAUUCUGUGAAUUUCUCCAAAGUAUCUUACGAAACAUACGAACCUAGUGGUGCAGCUAUUGCAAAUCAUCCUGAAGAGUACAUCCCGAAUUCGAAGGGAAUCAAAGCAUCUAUCGAAGAAUAUCAUCCAGAUUUUACUAGUAAGACGAUGAAAUUUGACGAUAGUUAUGUGCCGUCAACUGUUGAAGUAAUUAACGAAAAUUCGAAAAAGUUAUUGAACGAAUAUCAAAAAUCACAUUCAGAAAAAUACGUGUUAAGGUAAAAGAAAUAUUAACAAAACGAAGCAUAGAUCUAUUUAUCUAAAAUAUUUUUGAAAUAAGUAUGGACUAAGAUAUGGGAAUAUGAUAUUAUUUACAAUGAAUACAAAUAUCUUCUAAUCUUUCUAUAACAUUCAAUUUCAUUUUAUUGUAUAAUAAAUAUAAUUUUAAUAAAAAAAAGAGCCUAUUUUCAGUAAAAA